AUGGUUUUGCCAGCAGUUCCCGGAGGCCUAGCCGGUGGUGCUCCGUUUGGGCUGGACAAGCUCCUAGGUCUAACUGGGAUGGAUAUAACGAAGCUAGUCAAUCUCGCUUUUGCCAUUGGGGCGGGACUAACCUUCCUGAAUUAUCUGUCCAGAUCGAUGUUAAGCUAUGUCGACUGUUUCACCACCAGUGUCCGUCUUGAUCAUGAUAACCCCGUAUAUCAACUCGUCUUGCAGUGGGUAACAGACCGUCAUCUCCCAAGCCCUAGACUCUGGGCAAUGCGGGCCAAAAGCGGUGACCCAAGCUUAGUGGAGGAGGAAGCAUUGCUUAGGUCGAUGAAGGGUAGGGGGUUCGAGAAUCAAGGCAAAUUUAUUAGUUACCGAAAACUUGUGGAGCAACCGGUGAUCAAGCUACAGCCUCAUACGGGCAAGCAUCUCUUUCGCUACAAUGGCAAAUGGGUUUUGUUCCGCCAUACCGUCGCAUCUGAGAAUCAAUAUCGCAGCUGA